CAUGUUAGGCUAUAUAUUUCAGUGUCUCAAGCUUUACGAGAGAACACCUAUCCAUUUUUGGCAAUGAUUAUGCUGAAAGAACAAAGAAUGAUGGUAGUCGGUCGUUUAGAAGGUCUUCUUCGGGCUGAAGAUUUUGUCAAUCAACUGACCUUUAUUAUGGAUGCUAAUGCUACAUACUUGGUAACAGAACGACUUGAUAGAGAGGAAAGGAAUCAGACACAAGUGUUAAGACAGCAGCAAGAUGAAGCUUAUUUGGCUUCACUUCGUGCAGACCAGGAAAAAGAAAGGAAGAGAAAGGAGGCACAAGAAAGGAGGAGAAAGGAAGAGGAAGAUGUCAGGCAACAGUUACUUGCUGAAGAAAGAAGGCAACAAAAUUUGCAGGAAGAGAAAGAACGCAAGUCUGAAUGUCUUCCCCCUGAGCCUUUUCCUGACAAUCCAGACAGUGUUAAAAUUGUCUUUAAGUUGCCAAAUGAUACUCGAGUGGAGCGACGAUUUCUGUUUACCCAGUCAUUAACAGUAAUAUAUGAUUUCUUGUUCUCCUUGAAAGAAACUCCUGAGAAAUUUCAAAUAGUUGCUAACUUUCCACGCAGAGUACUACCCUGUUUGCCCACAGAGAGAGAGCCAAAUCCACCCACCCUGCAGCAAGCAGGAUUGAGUCGCUGUGAAGUCUUGUUCGUUCAAGAUCUUACCGAUGAUUGAACCAGAAGUUAACCAUGGGAUCAAUUUUUUAAUAGCUGCACAGUAUAACGGAUCACAGACUUUCUCACAAACGAGCCAAGUUUUUGCUGCGUUGGUUGGCAAAUGUCUAUGCAGCUAGGUCGCUCGCCAUUUCCUGGGAUGAACUGCACUGUCCAUCACUAUGCUAUUUUAAAAAAAAAACUCAAAAGCCCUGCGAUGUUGAGUGGUUUUUGAUCAGAAGGCAUAAAAGUAAAUUAACCCAUUUCUCUACCUGCAUAGACCCUAGAUUACACCAUCGGAGAACCCUUACCCUUUUUUCUGCUAAUUUUGUUUUCACAUUUACCUAUAUUUAUGUUGUAUUUCUAUUAAAAUAUGAAAAAAGAAAGACCAAAGGAGGGUUGGCUGUUAUUGAAUUGUUUGAACCGAGACUGGUUUAAGUUCUUAAUUGCCAUGGCUUUUGCUGUGGUGAAGCCUCAGUAAGUAGUUUGUCAGCCUAUAGUGCCUGUGGUAACUAGAGCCUGCUCCAUGUUUAAUACCUGUGCAGGCUUAUUGUACUCGAGGUGUAAUUUAUUCCAACAGUAUAAAUUAAAAUCAUUUUAGAAUUUUAUUGUGUUGAAUCAUUUUUCUAUGCAUAUUUCUUUGUGAACCAUUUUCUGUAAUUUCAUUACAAUCGAUGGUAGCUGUUUGGCCAAAUGUACUGGCAUUAAAAGAUUAUAUUGUCUCCACUCAUAUUUGUUCCUUUUUGAGCUUUGUAUCAUGAGUAAUGUUUAGCUUUUUAGUCUUUCUCAAUUACUAAACUGACAUGUACAGUUAUUUGUCGAUACUUCAAAUUAUUUUUUGUUAGCUUUUCUGCACCUAUUUAUGAAGUGCUGUAAAUCUUCCUUAGAAAAUAAAGAUUUAUUUAUAGCUUUGUGUGAGAACAAGACCAACAAAUUGGAGAAUGACCCCCUUUGAUAACAUGUGCUUGAUGGCCUUAUGAUUCAGUAUAUGUACUGUUUCUUCAACGCUGUUUAGUAGGGUAUAUUGUUUAGGAUUAUUGCACUUAUUUCACUAAAUGGCAUCUUAACCAUUUGCAUGUUGUCCAUUUGUUUCUUGUUCAACCAAGAUGCAUUAUGACUUGUGUCUCAAUCUUGAAUAGAUUUUGGGUGGUAGUUAAUAAUGAAACUACUUUACCACCAAACAGCUAUUGGCCUUAAUAUCAUUCAACUAAUUCAUUGAAUUGUAAUGAUGUGAUGACAUUGGCGUUGCUCUCCUUUUAUUUUUCGUUAAUCCAGAUAGGUUUUGUGGUAUCUUUGAAUACAUAUAUAACAAAAAUUGCAGAUAUAGUUUUAAUCACUGCAGAGUGUGGAAGUUUUCAUUAUUAUGGAGUGUGGAUAUACUCAAAGAUUAUAUGCCUGAGUUUUCAUUAAAUGUGUAUUAUGAAUGUUAAUAUUUAGUUUGAAUUGAGUCUCGGUAAUGAAAUUGGUAGCUUUUAGAUUGGGGGUGUUCAUUUUGUCAUUUCUGAUUACAGGCAGUUGGCUUUGGAUAUUAAAUGGAUUUUUAAAAUAUACCUAUAAUGGUAAUCAAUAUCAUUUGCGUUUCUCAUCCAAGGCAGUCAGUGCUUCAGUUGCUAUAAGAAUUUGAGUUGAUUUUGGAUGAGACCAGUAUUGUAACAAAAAAGCAGUCAGUAUUGGUUUUGUUAAAACCCUCAAUGCUGUUGACUUAGAAAAAUUUCAGGCUUGAUUUUUCUUGGUGUUUAUUUUUAGAAACUUAGUUGUGAUGUUAGUGGUCAUGAUUUCCAUCUUAUUUUGUUAUUAUCAGUUACUGAAUUAUUUGCAUUCCUUUACAUUGGUGUAAUUGAGCAGAUGUUUGUUUUUGAAGAUCACAGUCUGAAACAAUGGAAAAUCUUUACAGUCUGAAUUGCUGUAUGACCGUAUAGGAUGGGAUCUAUUGACAGCAAUGAUACUUACUUAAAUGUUUGGGUAUAACACUUAAAUUUAAAAUAGCCUUUAGAGGUUAGGAAUUUAAGCAAGGAGUAAGUAUUUACUGACUUGAGUAAUGCUUUGCCCGUUUUGAAAAUUUCUCCCAAAAUAUUGCAGCUUCAACAUCUGUUUUGUUGUCCUGCUUGAAUUCUGCCCUCUCAUGCAUUUUGGGAUGUAAGUGUAAUGUUCUACAUUUGAGACUGGUACAAAGUACAGUGGAAUAAGUUCCUGUUUUGACUGAAGGAUUAAAAUCUUGUGUUUCAUACCAGAAAUUUCCCCACUUGCCUUACAGUAUCCACCCAGAAAUGAUUCACAUUUUAACUGACAGUUUGGUAGCUACUUCUAUAACUCUUGUCUUUUUUAACAUGUGCAAAUGAGAAGUAUAUUCCAGAUCAUAAUACUUGUGAAGAGUCUGGAAAAAUCUCUUUGAAGGACCACACUUUUUGAGUUACUUUUUAUGUUUUUAUAAUGUUUAUUGGAUUAUCAUUUUUAAAAAUUCAAUUACCCAAAAAGUUGUGAAAAUGCAUUUUGUGAAAUGUCUGGAAUUUUAAAGUUAUUUCUAAAUUGUCAGAGGAUAAUCUUUCUGUAUUUCAUGUCAUUUGUUGUAAAUGUUCAGAUCAACCUUUUUUAUACCUGUCUUUGGACACUUUGAAAUAGUACUAAUUUUAAACAACUUCGUUCUGUUCUGACUGUGUGGUCUAUUCAGAUAUAUCUGUGAUCUGUACCAAAAGGAUUGUGAGCCCAAAUUGCAACCUCAUGCCAAAAGCUGCUGCUGUUGUUUUCUGUUCACUUAGAAAUGACCAAUUCAAUUUCAAAUCAAAAUUCUCCAUUUGUACCCCCUUCGCCCAAGAAACCAUUCAAAAGAUUAACAAGAAUAGGGCAUUGAGUGAUACUGCAUCUGGAAUUAAAUUCUGAAUAUAAUUUUCCAUGUUCAUAAUCUGAAAUUGAAGAAAUUGCUAUGUACGAUGCUGUAAGUUCAAUACUCAUCCCAUGUCUUGUAACUUAUUGAAGUUUAAUGGAAUACACAUAUUAACUACUUGA